AUAGUUGUAGAAGAAUUCCUAGAAGAUAUAAACAAUAUUUUGAAUUCUGGAGAGGUACCUAAUCUGUUUGAAAAGGAUGAGCUGGAGUUUGUCAUGGCAGCUACUCGACCCAAGGCAAAAGAAGUAGGAAUAGCAGAGGGCAACAGAGAUGAGGUUUUUCAGUACUUCAUUAAUCGAGUCCGACAGAAGCUACACGUUGUCCUGUGUAUGAGUCCUGUUGGAGAUGCUUUCCGAGCACGGUGCCGAAUGUUUCCCUCCCUUGUGAAUUGCUGCACGAUUGACUGGUUUGUGCAGUGGCCAAAAGAAGCACUUCUUUCUGUAUCAAGAACUUUUUUUAUGCAUGUUGAUCUUGGAAGUGAUCGAAUGAAAGAGAAACUUUCUGUAAUGUGUGUAGACAUCCACAUGAGUGUUACAGAGAUGGCAGAACAGUAUUAUGCUGAGCUCCGGCGACGCUACUACACAACACCAACUUCUUAUUUAGAGUUAAUCAAUCUUUAUUUGUCCAUGCUUGCUGAAAAAAGGAAGCAACUGGUUUCAGCUCGGGAUCGGGUAAAAAAUGGUUUGUCCAAACUGUUAGAGACAAAUGUGCUUGUUGACAAAAUGAAAUUAGAUCUUUCUGCUUUAGAACCAAUUCUCAAGGAGAAAUCAGUGGAUGUUGAGGCUUUGAUGGAAAAAUUAGCAGUCGACCAAGAAAACGCUGAUCAGGUUAGGCGUGUUGUUCAGGAAGAUGAAGCUGUUGCAAAAGUAAAAGCGGAGGAAACUCAGGCAAUAGCUGAUGAUGCCCAGCGAGAUUUGGAUGAAGCCCUUCCAGCUUUAGAAGCUGCCAACAAAGCCUUAGAUUCUUUAGAUAAGGCAGAUAUUUCUGAAAUCAGAGUUUUCACUAAACCGCCUGAUCUUGUCAUGACAGUGAUGGAAGCUAUUUGUAUUCUUUUAAAUGCAAAGCCUGACUGGGCAACAGCAAAACAACUACUUGGGGAUUCCACCUUCCUGAGGAGGCUUCUAGAAUAUGAUAAAGAAAAUAUAAAGAGCGCGAUAUUAAUGAAGCUUCAGAAAUACGUAAACAAUCCUGACUUUGUGCCAGAAAAGGUAGAGAAAGUGUCAAAGGCAUGCAAGUCUAUGUGCAUGUGGGUGAGAGCGAUGGAUUUAUACUCUCGCAUUGUGAAGGUGGUUGAGCCAAAAAGGCAAAAGUUACAUGGUGCCCAGGCAGAACUUGAUGCAACUUUAGCUACACUUCGUGAUAAGCAAAAAAAACUGAAACAGGUAGAGGAACAAAUACAGGAAUUACAAGAUCAAUAUGAAAGAAGUGUGGAUGAAAAAGAAAGCCUUGCAAAGACCAUGGCACUGACUCAGGCUCGUCUCAACCGCGCUGGAAGACUUACAGCUGCAUUAGGGGAUGAACAGGUUCGAUGGGAAGAAAGUAUUUUGAAUUUUGAGGCAGAGAUUUCAAAUAUCACUGGAAAUGUUUUCAUAGCUGCUGCUUGUGUAGCUUACUAUGGGGCUUUUACUGCACAUUAUAGACAAUUGUUAAUUGAAUGCUGGAUCAAACAAUGCCAAGAUCUAGACAUUCCUAUUAGUUCUGACUUCAGUCUUAUAAAUAUUUUGGGAGACCCCUAUGAAAUUCGACAAUGGAAUACUGAUGGAUUACCUCGCGAUUAUGUUUCUACUGAAAAUGGCAUUCUAGUUACACGUGGGCGGCGCUGGCCACUCAUGAUUGAUCCUCAGGAUCAGGCAAACCGUUGGAUAAGAAACAAAGAAGCAAAAUGUGGUUUAAAAAUAAUUAAGCUCACGGACACUGGUUUCCUGCGUACACUGGAGAAUGCUAUUCGUCUGGGUUUACCUGUGCUUCUAGAAGAGAUUAAAGAAACGCUUGAUCCAGCCCUGGAACCUAUUCUUUUGAAGCAGACUUUCAUUUCUGGUGGAAGACUGUUAAUUCGCCUUGGAGAUUCAGACAUAGAUUAUGAUAAAAACUUCAAGUUCUACAUGACAACAAAAAUGCCAAAUCCUCACUAUUUACCUGAGGUGUGCAUCAAAGUAACUAUAAUAAAUUUCACUGUUACCCGAUCUGGUCUGGAAGAUCAACUGCUAAGUGAUGUUGUGCGAUUAGAAAGACCAGAACUAGAGGAACAAAGAACACAGCUCAUUAUCAGAAUCAAUGCUGAUAAGAAUCAACUGAAAGCAAUUGAAGAUAAAAUUCUAAAAAUGCUUUUUACAUCAGAAGGGAAUAUUCUGGACAAUGAAGAACUCAUCAAUACACUUCAAGACUCAAAGAUUACCUCUGGUGCCAUUAAAAUAAGGCUUGUAGAAGCAGAAACUACAGAAGAAAAAAUAAAUGCUGCUCGUGAAAAAUAUCGCCCUGUUGCUACUCGAGGAUCAGUUAUGUAUUUUGUAAUUGCAAGUCUUUCUGAUAUUGAUCCAAUGUAUCAGUUUUCUUUAAAAUAUUUCAAACAGCUAUUUAAUGUAACAAUUGAAACUUCUGAAAAAAAUGAUGUUCUGGAAUUGCGAUUAGCAAUCCUACUUAGUCAGACUCUCUAUGCAACUUACACUAAUGUUUCCCGAGGCCUUUUUGAACAGCACAAACUCAUCUACAGCUUCAUGCUGUGCAUUGAAAUCAUGCGGCAGAAAGAAGAACUUACAGACCUUGAAUGGAAUUUUUUCUUGCGUGGAGCUGCUGGUUUGGAUAAGGAACGGCCUGCCAAACCUCAGAUUCCAUGGCUGGAAGAAAAUACGUGGUUUAUGUGCUGUGACUUAGAAGAAACACUUCCAAGUUUUGAGGGCAUUCAAAAAGACAUAUUGCUCAAGCCCAUUUUCAUUAAACUAGGGCAACUUGAUAUUCAUAUCAAUCCAGAAGAGUGGGAAGGCUAUAAGUCUGAAGUUGACGAAAAGAAAAAAAAAGAUGACAAGCCAUACAUUCCCUGGGAUAAUAGGCUGACCAUGUUUCAGAAGUUAAUUAUAGUGAAAUGUUUUGCGGAAGAGAAGAUCGUGUCAGCACUUACCGAGUUUGUAAUGGAGAACCUUGGGAAGCAAUUCAUUGAGAAUCCUCCAGUUGAUCUGGCAACUCUUUACCAAGAUAUGUCUCCUGCCACACCGCUGGUAUUCAUCUUAAGUACAGGCUCUGACCCCAUGGGGGCAUUCCAAAGAUUUGCAAAAGAGCGAGACUAUUCAGAACGAGUGCAAUCAAUCUCAUUAGGACAAGGACAAGGACCUAUUGCUGAAAGAAUGAUUAAGGAUGCACUGAGAACAGGAAAUUGGAUAUUUCUUCAGAAUUGUCAUUUAGCUGUUUCAUGGAUGUUAGCAAUGGAAGAGCUGAUAAAAACAUUUACAGAGCCAGGUGCCACUAUCCAUGAAAGCUUUCGACUCUAUUUGAGUUCCAUGCCAUGUACUACUUUCCCUGUCACUGUCCUUCAGAAUUCUGUCAAGGUAACAAAUGAACCCCCUAAAGGUCUACGGGCAAACAUCAGAAGAGCCUUCACAGAAAUGACUCCCACAUUUUUUGAGGAAAAUAUCUUGGGCAAAAUCUGGAGAAAAAUAAUUUUUGGUAUUUGCUUUUUUCAUGCAAUUAUUCAGGAAAGGAAAAAAUUUGGACCCCUUGGCUGGAAUAUAUGUUAUGAAUUUAAUGACAGUGACAGAGAAUGUGCCUUAUUAAACCUCAAUCUUUAUUGCCAAGAAGGAAAAAUACCCUGGGAUGCCCUCACAUAUAUAACAGGGGAGAUUACAUAUGGAGGACGAGUUACAGAUGCUUGGGAUCAAAGGUGUCUUCGCACAAUCCUAAAGAGGUUUUUUUCUCCUGAAACUUUGGAAGAGAAGUAUAAAUAUUCUGAAUCAGGAAUAUAUUUUUCCCCUGUGGCUGACAGUUUGCAAAACUUUAAGGAGUAUAUUGAAAACCUUCCUUUGAUUGAUGACCCAGAAAUAUUUGGAAUGCAUGAAAAUGCCAAUUUAGCAUUCCAGCGAAAGGAAACUAAUACUCUGAUUACUACAAUACUUGAUGUUCAGCCACGAACCACAGCACAGGGAUCAGGAAAAAGCAAUGAUGAGAUUGUGCAAGAGCUUGCUAGUUCAAUCCUUGCUAAAAUUCCUGAGAAGCUGGACAUGGACCUUGCUGCAGAAAUACUUUUUGUGAAGGAUAGCAAAUGUCGACUAGAUUCUCUAACUACCGUUCUUGGGCAAGAAAUUGAUCGUUUUAAUGGUCUUCUCAGUCUGCUAAGGAUCUCUCUACAAACACUCAACAAAGCCAUUGCGGGGCUUGUAGUAAUGUCCGAAGAAAUGGAGAGAGUGUAUCACAGCUUUCUUAAUAAUCAGGUUCCAGGCCUCUGGGCCAACGCCGCAUAUCCAUCUCUGAAACCUUUGGGGUCCUGGGUGAAAGACCUUGUGCUCAGGACAAGCUUCAUAGAUUUCUGGCUCAAAAGAGGUCAGCCUAAAUCAUUUUGGAUUUCUGGUUUCUUUUUUCCACAAGGAUUUUUGACAGGAACUCUUCAGAAUCAUGCUCGAAAAUAUAACUUACCAAUUGAUGAGCUUAGUUUUAGUUACAACGUCAUUCCUGCCUACAGAGACCAAACACAAGUAGCAGAAGCUGCGAAACUGUGCCACUUUGGCAAUGAAUUACCAAUGGAUGAAAAGUUGCCUUCUCCUGAGGACGGGGUGCUGGUUCAUGGCAUGUUUAUGGAUGCCAGUCGUUGGGAUGACGAUGAAAUGGUUAUAGAAGAUGCGUUACCUCGACAAAUGAACCCAAUGCUUCCAGUAAUUCAUUUUGAGCCACAUCAAAAUUAUGAGCCCCACCUGUCGCUAUAUCAUGCGCCCCUCUACAAAACUGGAGCUAGAGCAGGAACUCUGUCCACCACAGGUCAUUCUACCAAUUUUGUGGUUACCGUCUUACUUCCUUCAAAAAGAUCAAGCGACUACUGGAUAUCUAAAGGAUCUGCAUUACUUUGCCAGCUAAAUGAAUAACCAGCAGGGUAGGGUUUCUGUCUACUAGCAAGACCUUGGCAGCAUGCUGAGACUCUAUUCCAGAUGGGGAACAGUAACACUCCAUCACUGUCAUGCCUAUGGAAAUAGAUUCCUGUAUAAACACAUUGUUAGAAGGCCUUACUUCUCUUCAAUUUCAUUUUUUAAAGUGCAUUACAUUUUAUCAACACGUUGGAAUCAAUAUUCACUUUUCAUUUCUCUCAAUUCUUUUGCAUGCAUUCACUGGCAGAUCACCUGGAUUUUUGCAUCAGUAAUACAGGUGUUUUAAAAAAUGUCCACAGAAAGUGCAUGUUUUGUAUCAAAUUAACUUAUUGUGAAUCUUAUCCUUUUAGUCUUUAUAUUUCAUUUUCUUUGUAAAUGUGAUUUGAUUAUAAAAGAAGAUCCUUUAAAAAAAACA